AUGCUGGAGCAGAUGACCAGCGAGGUCCUCCAGCCGAACGAGAUUUGCUUCAGCGCUGUCAUCGCACUGUGCGAUGCGUGGGAAGCUGCAUUGAAGCUGCUGGCAUUGGCGCGCGAAGCUGCCGUGCAAGCGAGUGAAGCAGGAUAUGGCGCAGCGAUUCGCAGCUGCGAAGCUUCUGGGCAGUGGGCGUGUGCUCUACAGCUUUUGCAGUCCAUGUCCUCCGAACGCUUGGACGCCACCAACAGCGCUGCCGCGGCCAUGGCGGUUUGCAGCAGUGCGGGUCGAUGGGAGGAGGUGCUGCUCUUGGCUGACAGCGAUCUCUUCCACUCCUUGAGCGCAGUGGACCGAAGCACUGUCAUGGGCACUGCCUUGAUGGAAUGUGAGAGGCACUCCGCCGCGUGGGCCGAGCGCGGCGUCCUGCGGCGCUUGGCCAUGGACCUCGCGCCCGGCGCGCGUGGGGCGGUGCGGUGUUCGGCCUGGCUGCGGCGGUUUGCCGCCGCCACGGUGAAGGGUGGGCUGCGAAAUGCAGCGCUGCUACGAGAGAUUGCUGACAGUGAGCCGAGUGUGCGGCCAUACCAUCAAGCUGCUGCCAUGCUGAAACACAUCCUUUGCAAGGUGGCACCCCUCGAUGUGGACGGCAUCCUCAUAGCACUCGAUGAGUUUGGACAGGAGAACCUGGGCUGGGCAAAGUUCGCCGGCGGCUUGAAGGGCGCCACCCUGCAGAGCGCGGUUUGUGGUGGAUUGCCAGCUGGUGGGCACCACGGUGUCUUCGAAAUCGGCACCUACUGGGGCACCUCUUCCCUCCGCUUGGCGCACGCGCUGCGCGCGGGCACCGGCACCUCUUCGCCGCGCGGAUUCGGCGCCACGGUGACCACGGUGGAACUGGAUCCGGUACACGUGGCCGUAGCACGGGUCUUGUUCGCCUUUGCCGGUGUGGACGUCCAAGUGUUGACAGGCCACAGCCGUGCCGUGCUCCCGCGCCUGGGCGCGCGCCGCUUCGCCGCGGUGCUCAUGGACCGUUGGGGCUCGGAGUAUGAAGAGGAUGUCGACCUUCUAGAACGUUUGCAGCUGCUGAAGGCUGGUAGCGUCCUGGUGGCCGACAACGUCCUGUCCACCGGAGCGGCGGGCUUUCUGUGGCGCACUGGGCGGGGUCAAGCGAACACAGCAAGUCGGUACACCUCGCAGAUCAUCCAAGUGGAAGAGGUGGUGGACAAGUCGGAGGACUGGAUCUCCGUCAGUGUCCUCACCGCGCCGCCGGACCCCUUUCCGCGGCGGCCGCUGCCGGAGGCCCUGGCGGAGCUGCAACGGCGCUCGAGCCACUUGCGAGGGCGAGUCGUUGGGACCAAUGGCCGGGAGGUGGCUGAGUUGGAAAUGCCACGCUUCAGCCGAGAGGCCCGAGCCCUGCUGCCACAGGCGUUGGAGCGCCCGACGGUGUCGGUGUGCAUCACGGGGCAAGACGUGCAACGUGGAACCUUUGCGCAUCGGCACUGCGUCAUCAAAGACCAAGCCACCGGGGAGGAUUGGUGCUUCCUUCAGAACUUGGACAUGGGCCCUCAGGAGACUUUUGGGGACGAAGUUCUGAGUGACGUAGUAGACGACCCGGUGGUGUCUCCGACGGUUUCUUCGACCAUGGCGAAAGCGGACGAAGAGAAGAUGCCCGAGCUGGAUCCCUUAGGGUCCGUGAAGUUCUUGCCCAUCAUUUUUCUGGGCCUCGCGCUCCCGCGCGCCAUUGCUGGGGCCAUUGCUGUGGCCAUUUGGAGGAAGUGGGACACCCAGCAGUAUGAACAGAAUAUCGCCAAUCUGGUGAAGGGCGAGCAUGGCUACUUGUACGCUGCGGCCGCUUUGUUUGGUUUGAUGGUCCAUUGGAUCAACCAAUUCCCAAUGAUCUACAAGCACAUGCUCAUGCGCAUGAACUCUGGGAACCUGAGGGCAAACAUGAUGAUCUACAAGCAGCUGGGUGCCAAAGAGGAUGCGCCUUACGUAGUUCUUGAGACUCAAGGCCCUGUGGGGUGCUACAACAGGGCUAACCGUUCACUCUUCCACUUUACUGAAGCUUUGCUGCAAGAUGAGCGUCAUGAAGGACACAAAGGACACAACACAAACAUAUUGGCAUCAAGUAGCUGCUGGUCAUUUACGUCGCUCUCCUACUUUACACAAUCGGCCCGUUAG